AUGGACAAGAACGAUUCUGAGAGCGAAGGAGGCGAGGACCUUUUUCGGGAACCUGAAGAUUAUUACCAACCAGAGAAAAGCCCAACUGUCGUGCAGCAUACGACAAUCUCUGGGCAAAAUCUGAAGCUGAAUUUAAUAGGUAGCAGUCCGUUGUGGGGCCAUCUUUUGUGGCAGGGAGGCCGCACUGUUGCAGAUUUCCUCGAGAAUAACCAAAAUGAGUACAUAAAGUCUAAGACGGUGCUCGAAUUCGGAGCGGGUGCUGGUCUGCCAAGUCUCAUCUGUGCCAUCAACGGAGCAAGGCAGGUCGUCGUCACGGAUUACCCAGAACAAGACUUGAUCGAUAACUUGAGACGGAACAUCUCUGACUGUCACCUCCUGACAGACCCUUCAAACAUCGCCGCAGAAGGCUUUCUGUGGGGCGGCGAUGAUACGAUUCUCAAAGCUCACCUGCCAGACAAGCAACAAGAAUCUGGCUUUGAUUUGCUCAUUCUCGCCGACCUCCUGUUCAACCACUCUGAACACCAUAAGCUGUUACAAAGUGUCCGAUCCAAUCUGAAGAAGAGUGCGGAGGCCAGCGCGCUCGUCUUCUUCACACCCUAUCGUCCAUGGCUGUUCGCAAAAGACAUGGCUUUCUUCGACCUCGCAAAAAGCGGCGGUUUUGUUGUGGAGCACGUCUUUGAAACUGUAUUGAAUAGCGUCAUGUUUGAGAAAGACCCUGGUGAUGAACUGUUGAGGAGGACAGUCUUCGGAUAUCGAAUGAAGUGGGCAUAG